GGAUCCACCACAACUUCAUCAAGAACACCAAAAAAGGAAAAAGUGAAAGGUAAGAAAAGAAAAAAUUAAAAUUAAAAAUUCCACACCCCCUACCCAACCCAACACAUUCUUCUUUCCACAGCUUUCAUCACUCUCGAGAAACACAAUAUGUUCAUGCCUGUCUGCAAAGCCUCCUUGAUACAUCUCCAUUUGUUUUAAUUUAUUCUUUUCCUUUUGCACUUUUUUACUCCUCCUUAUACAUAUAUAUCAUUAUUAUCUCAGACCUGAGCACAGGUUGUUCCAAUGGGCAAGAACAAUGGAAGCUCUUGGUUAAAUGCAGUGAGAAAAGCCUUCAGAUCUCCUUCCAAAGUCGAUGGAGCAGAAGAAAAUGACGACGAAGCUGAACACAAGAAAAGAGUAAAAAGGAAAUGGAUGUUUCUUACCAAAAAUUACCCUCUCCAGACAACCAUUCAGCACAAUGCAGCCAAAAUUAGGGCAAACGAUCAGAAUUCAAAAUCCAAACAGGCGGCGGCGUUGGCCGACGACACCUCUGCAAUCGCGGCGGCUAUGGCGACCGCGGAGGCCGCUGUCGCCACCGCACGAGCUGCAGUAGACAUCAUCCGCCUCAGCACUGCUACAGCACCUUAUCCUCUCCGACACCGCCAUGAUCAGGCUGCUCUUGUUAUUCAGACACUCUUCAGAGGAUAUCUGGCAAGGAGAGCUCUGAUGGCGCUUAAAGGCAUAGUGAAGCUGCAGGCCUUAAUUCGGGCACACAUUGUCCGAAAGCGAGCCAAGACAGCUCUACAACGCAUCGAAUCUCUAGUUCGAGUCCAAACUCAUUUCUGCGACCAGCGCCGCCGGCGAUCCUGCGAAGAAACUACCCUUCCACGCAAUAACAAGAACAUGAAAUCCAUUGUAGGCAUUCAUUCAUCAACAAUCACCAAUUUUUCUGGUCCAAAUUCUAACAAAUUUUUCGACCUCUUGUUAUCGCAGCAACCUAGAAUUUCAACCAUCUCCGGCGACCACGGCCGGCGAGCAGUCGAGGAAAUCCAGAUUCUAAUACAGAGAGCAAAAGAAUUCUCAUUUAAACAGACGAAGACAACUCUAGGACAAGUCUUGUUUGACGAUGAUCAAGACCAAGUUUCGGACAACAAUUACGAGCGGCGCGGCGGCAAGAACACGAGAAAAUCGAAGACCUUAUGCAACCUACAAGUUCAAUCUCCAAGAACUCCAACCUCCAUCAAUGUCCAUUCCUGCAGCCAAACAGAGGAAAUGAGCCACCAAUCCUCCGAAACUCCGACGUCGUGCUCGUCAAUUUACCGCCGCAGAAUAAGCGUCGGAGAAUCCUCGUGCCCCUUGCCGCGGCCUAAUUACAUGGCAGCAACUGCUUCAGCCAUGGCAAGAGUCAGACCACACAGCACGCCGAGGAACAGGCAGUCGAGCCCGAGCAGAGAGCAAUCGGGGCAUUCGUCGAAGAAACGACUCUCAUUCCCGUCCGCCGACGACCAAAUUAUCAACACUAUUCAUCCCAAACAGCCUUGUUAUUUAACAGAAUGAGGUUUGUUGAUCCAUAGUUUUAGCUACACUUAACAAUCCUUUCAAUGAAGUUCUUAAAUCCCUUUCGCAUCAAUGGUGUGUUUACAAUCAACUUUUGCUUUCUAAUCUUGAAGUUGGCUUCUCAUCUUUUCACUUUUUUAUAAGAGAUAGUGAUUACAAGAAAAUAAAAGUAAAGUGCAAAAAAGCAAUUUAAUUUGUGAAGUUUGAUGCAUCCUAAAAUUUAAAAGGUAACAGAAUAAAUAAUGAGAGCUAAGACUAAGAAUGUGUAUAUUUUAAAUUUUAUAUGUGUAUAUAAGAAUGGGUAUGGGGCUCCAUGAAUAAUGAAUUUUUUUUCAUUGAAAUUAAUUGAUGCAUCAAAAGAUGUGACACAUGAAUUAUGUAUGAUGAAUGUAAGAAUAUCUUAGCUUGCUCCAUUAUUCAUUCACUACACUACUCUCAUGCUAGAAAGCUUUCUGAACUGCCAAUCUGCCAUGCCAUCUUUUUGGACUAGAAUUAAAAUCAUAGAUACUAUUAGAGAUAUUUAUUUAUUUAUUUCAGUACUAUAUUAUUAUCAAAACAAAAUUGUUUUACAGAUUAGAGUCUAAGUAGUAACAAGGUUUUGAUAGCCCCUCAUA